AUGUUGGUCCCCAACGAACAGGUUGUGGAGAGUAUACCUCUGAAUUGCAUAGUUAAGCCUCUUGAAGAACCAGAGAACAUGACCAAUAUUAUUCUUCAAGCUCUGGAAAUAACUGGACAGAGAGGCGUCAUCAACCGAGGCUGGGGUGGCCUUGCCUUCAUAUAUUUCUCUUCUCAGUGGCAAAACCAAGUGCAUCGUGGGGUUGCUGGGACAACAGCUGCUGGUCUGAAAGCUGCGUGUCCAACCACAAUUGUACCAUUCUUUGGGGACCAGCCAUUUUGGGGGCAGAGGGUGCAUGCCAUAGGAGUAGGUCCUGCACCCAUUCCAGCUUAUACACCUCAAGAGCAUAAUCAUAUGCUGUUCAGAUACCCAUCUUCUUCAACACUCUGCAGAGUAAGAUUAACACAAUCACAUGAUGCCUAA